CGCCCCAAACGGCCCAUUUGUUCUUCCCGCCGUUGUUCUCUCUCUUCAUCAUUUUGGUUGUGUUUGUUUGCUUUGUCUGCUGUGCCAUGCAAAUGUCGACAACAUAACUGCGCUGCAUCAAGAUUAAUUCUCUGCCAUUCGUCCUUUCUCCCAGAUAUCCCACAGCUUCUUUCUCUUCCUCUCUUCUCUUCUCUCGCCAUGACUGCCCGGCCUACUGCGAAUGGCCAUGGCGAGGCUACGCCGCUACUCUCUACCACGCACACAAGCCCGCCAAACUAUAUUUCAGCAUUCACUGCAGAAUUCAAACACGCGCUCAAUGCAACAAUUCGCUUAGGAAGCUCCAAUAUCCUCCUGAUAUGCGUCCCGCUUGGCCUCAUGGGUAGCAGCUGGGGCUGGUCACCCGCGGUAAUCUUUGCGCUCAACUUUCUCGCUAUGCUGCCCCUCGCUUCUAUCCUCACCUUUGCUACGGAGCAGCUUGCUGCCGUUGUUGGCUCGGUCGCUGGUGGCCUGAUUAAUGCGACAUUUGGCAAUGCUGUCGAAAUGAUUGUUGGCAUCAGCGCCUUGAAGGAGGGUGAGAUUGCGAUUGUGCAGUCCAGUAUGAUUGGCAGUAUUCUGUCGUCGAUUCUAUUAAUUCUCGGCACAUCCUUUUUUCUAGCUGGCCGAAACAAACAAACCGUCGACAUCAACGUGGACGUGGCGGGGAUUCUGACAUCAUUGAUGAUUAUCUCCUGUGCAUCGCUCAUUAUGCCCUCUGCACUCCACAUCGCCGAUCCCGAAGGAAGCUACUCGAGUAGUAACCCAAACGACUAUAUUCUCACGCUGUCACGAAUUACGUCUAUAAUUCUUUUGGUCUUUUACCUGCUAUACCUAUACUUCCAAGCUAUUACCCACGCCGAGCUGUUCGCCGAAGAAGAGGAUGAGCCAACAGACAAGCUUCAUGGACUGUCUAGCUGCGUCGUGCUCAUUCUAGCUACUCUUGGUGUGGCAUUUUGUUCCGAUGCGCUCGUGGACAGCGUCGACGGGUUUGUCGAAGCACUGGGAAUCAGUCGAAGCUUUAUCGGUCUUAUUAUAGUGCCAAUUGUCGGCAAUGGUGGGUGCUUGGUUGGCGCCAUUCAGUGGUCCAAAACCAACCGUCUCAAUUUGGCCGUCUCUGUCAUUGUCGGCGCCACGUUGCAGAUCUCGCUAUUUGUUACGCCAUUUCUUGUCAUUGUUGGCUGGAUUAACAACAAAAAGAUGUCGCUUCAGUUUGACACUUUUGAGACCAUUGUCCUGACCAUGUCUACCUUGGUCGUCAGCUGUCUCGUUCGAGGCGGAAAGACAAACUACUUUGAGGGCAUGCUUCUAGUUGCCACAUACGUCAUUAUCGCGAUUGCAUUCUUUGUCCAGCCCGACUCGCUGCAAGCCACGAACUGA